AUGUUAUACUUUCAAAAUCAACAUUUCCAAAAAAUUCCAAUUUUUAAAAAUACAAUUUUCUUUUAUUUUAAUUAUUUUUAUUUAAUUUUAUUUUUAUUUUAUCUUUCAAUAAUUACAAGUAUAUCUGCUGGGCAAAUUAAUGAAGAGGAUGAUCCUUUUAUUUAUAAUACAAAGAAAAAAUUGAAAGAACAAGAAAUAAUCCAAAAAGUUCUGCGAGAUUAUGAUUGGCGAGUUAGGCCGCGGGGUAAAAACGAAUCUUGGACAGACACUGGAGGGCCUGUUAAUGUUACUGUUAAUAUAUAUCUUCGUUCAAUUUCAAAAAUAGAUGAUGUUAAUAUGGAAUAUAGUGCACAAUUUACAUUUAGAGAAGAAUGGUGGGAUCCGAGAUUGGCUUAUAGUAGAUUUGCUGAUGAUGAGACAGAAGUUCCUUCAUUUGUUGUAUUAGCAACAAGUGAACAAGCUGAUUUAAGUCAACAAAUUUGGAUGCCUGAUACUUUCUUUCAAAAUGAAAAAGAAGCUAGAAGGCAUUUAAUUGACAAACCAAAUGUUUUAAUUCGUAUACAUCCAAACGGCCAAAUUCUUUAUUCUGUUAGGCUUUCACUCGUUCUUUCAUGUCCAAUGUCAUUAGAAUAUUACCCUUUAGAUAGACAAACAUGUUUAAUUGAUUUAGCUAGCUAUGCCUAUACAACAGACGAUAUAAUUUAUGUUUGGAAAAGGGAUAAUCCUGUCCAACAAAAAUUAGGUUUACGUCAAAGUUUGCCUUCAUUUGAACUUCAAACAGUUUUGACUGAUUCUUGUACAAGUAACACAAAUACUGGUACUUAUUCAUGUCUUCGUACAAAAUUAUAUAUUCCUUCAUGUAUGUUAGUAAUUGUCUCUUGGGUAUCUUUUUGGUUAGAUAAAGACAGUGUCCCUGCAAGAGUAACUUUGGGGGUUACAACAUUACUUACAAUGACUACACAAUCUAGCGGUAUUAAUUCUAAAUUACCUCCAGUCUCCUAUACAAAAGCUGUGGAUGUUUGGAUUGGGGUUUGUAUGGCAUUUAUUUUUGGCGCUUUACUUGAAUUUGCAUUAGUAAAUUAUGCAGCAAGAAAAGAUAUAAGUUCAACACAACAAAGAAUGAUUAAAUUACAUCAACAACAAUAUUCUUCUACUUCCCCUUCAAUUAAUACAAAUAAUUUACAGCAACCCCCACAACAACAAUUUCAAUCACUUUUACAUCCAAUCCCAACAUUAAAUAUAAGGAAUAUACAAAAUAACAACAAUACUAGACAAUCUAUACAGCAACAAAGAUUGGGAAUUUGUUUUCGGUUUUGUUGUAGAUUAUUUGUUAGAAGAUAUAAAGAAAGGUCGAAAAGAAUUGAUGUUGUUUUUCCAAUUGGAUAUGCUUGCUUUAAUGGAGAAUAUUCAUGUGUUCGAUUAAAGCUUCUUUUACGUAGAGAAUAUAGUUAUUAUCUCAUUCAAUUAUACAUUCCCUGUGUUAUGUUGGUUGUUGUUUCUUGGGUAUCAUUUUGGCUUGACAAAGAUGCUGUGCCUGCAAGAGUUAGUUUAGGGGUUACAACAUUAUUAACAAUGACAACACAAGCAUCGGGAAUUAAUUCUAAAUUACCUCCAGUCAGUUAUAUAAAGGCUGUAGAUGUUUGGAUUGGGGCUUGUUUAGCAUUUAUUUUUGCGGCAUUAUUAGAAUAUGCUUUAGUUAAUUAUUAUGGUAGAAGGGAAUUUUUAAAUAUAGAAAAGAAAGGGAGAAGAAUGGGAAGAUUAAGUAUGGCAUAUCAACAAGAAUGUUUAUGUCCACCACCACCACCACAAUUAUUAUUAUCUCCACAAAAUAUUUAUCAUCCUGACUUUUUUGCACCAAAAACUUUAAAUAAUAAUAUUUUAACAAAAAAUAAUUCCUCCGAUUUAAGCAAAACUCCAUUAAAUUUAGAAAAUAAUAAUUUUUACCCAAAAAGACCUAAAAGAAUUACAAGAUUUGGAUUAAUAAUUAAAAGAAUUAAAUAUUUAUUUGGUUCGAAUAUUGAAUUAUCUAAACGUGUUGAUAUUGUUAGUAGAGUAGCUUUUCCAACACUUUAUGCUGGAUUUUUAAUUUUUUAUUAUCUUCGUUUUGUUAUGUUUCAGUCAACUGAAGGAUUUAAAUAA